AUGGCAGAGGAGAUGCGCGUUUUUGGCUGGGAUGAACCAUUUGGGAAGGAAACCAAAGGGAGGAAGGGCCACUCCGAGCUGGAAGCCACCCUGAGGGCUUGGAGAAACUCAGGUGACUACAAAUCCCAGAUACCUCAGCUCUGGGUGGCUGCCGCACUCCACCCCACUGCGCCCUCCGCCAGCUGGGCGAGUGCCAGAGAGCCUCGGUCUUUAGGCGAGGCGGCGGCGGCAGCAGCAGGUGGCUGCGCGGUUCCGCGAGGGAGGCUGUCCUGGGCGCCUCCUGUGCCUCUCUUCUCGGCGCUGCCUCACCUGGCGGAGGUGGGCAUGGCCGCUCCCGCGCUAAGCCAGGAAGCCGUGCUGGGCUUCUUGCGGGAGAACGGCGGGAAGGUGCGCAAUUCAGAGCUCCUGAGCCGCUUCAAGCCGCUGCUGGAACCGCCCGGCGGGGAGCCCGAAGAACGAGCCGCCCUCCGCGACAGUUUCAAGUACUUCGUCAACAGCGUGGCCGUUGUGAAGGAGCAGGACGGAGCCAAGUUCGUGGUGCUCAGAAAGAAGCUCUUGCGCGCCCUGGACGGGGAGGAGCCGGACCCGGCGCCCACCGAGGGGUGCGCAGGAGACGCCCAGGAGGAGGAGGAGGGGGAAGGUGCAGGCGUCGAUGCAGGGGUCCCUCUUUCCCCUGAACAGGGAGCACCUGAGGAGAACCAAGGAAUGCCCGUGUCGGAGCUGAAGAGCCUUUUUCAAAAGGGGGACAUGGAAGGUCCCAAAGUCCCCAGUGGCAAAGACAUGUGGGCCCCCAGAGCUCCACUGCAGAAACCCUGCAUGUUGCCAGUGCGCUGUGUGCUGCCGCCCAGGGCUCCCAAAGGGACCGAUGAGCUGCCCUCGGAGCAAGAAGAGCCUGAAGCCAAAGAUUGGCUUCAGGUGGGACGCAUUGCUAGCAUGCCACCUCGGUCGCCUUACACAAAGAGGCGGCAGCUUGAUGACACGGGCUCCACAUCCCCUUAUCUGAGAAGGGUGCAAAAGUCGCAAAAGGUGGGCGAGGAAGCUGUCUGUGAGGCCACUGUCCCAUUGGAAGCUGCUGAACAUGAGUGGUUGGUGAAAGCUACAGAUGGCCAGUGGUCCCAGCGGCUUCAUGGCCUCUUACUGCGUGACAAGAACCUGGCAGGAAAAAGGGAUUUUAUGUCUGGGUUCACUGUUCUGCACUGGGCAGCUAAAAGUGGGAACUGUGACAUGGUGAAUAAAGUCAUAGAGGUGGCAGAGAAAGGUAGUGGUCACGUCAAUGUGAAUACCAAAUCCUACGGAGGUUACACCCCUCUCCACAUUGCUGCAAUACACGGGCAAGAGGAAAUCAUUGCCCUGUUGGUCAAAGAUUACAAUGCCAAGGUUAACUUGAGAGAUUACAGUGGGAAAAAACCAUACCAAUACUUAAAAGAAGGCUCUUCAUUUGCAGUUAGGCAUCUCCUGCGUGACCCUGAUCUGCACACUAUCACUGGCCACAAUGCCUCUAUCAAGAAGAAUGCAAAGGUGGCUGCUUCAAUUUUGAGUUCCACCAGCACCUUCCUUGGUGUUUUGUCAGAUGACACUGCUUUCUAUGAGCUGACCAAAGGCUUAAAGAAACCUGCUUCACUUAAUAAGUUCCUUAAUGCAGCUACAGCCCCAAGGAGGAAGCUGAAGUCCAGAGGGACUUUCUCAUCACAUUCUUCCUUAUCCGAAUCACUGGAGGAGGACCAAGAGGAAGCCACAUCGAAACGUAGACCUGUUUCAGAGUUGUUUUUUAGUCAUUAGUGUUCGCCUCAUUGAACUCAAGUAAUAUGAAUGUCAGAGUGGACACAUGCUGAUUAUUCUUUCACAGAAGCAAGCACUUUGUUUUUGGAUUUUGAAUGUGUUUCUCUUUAGCAGGUUGACUCAAAAGAUGAAAUCAGAUUAUCUGUAGGAUUGUCUAAACAUUUUAAUUGAUAUGACCUUUACCUCACUUAAGAUAGUCUUUUCACUGAGAAUAAAAUUGAAGGGGCGGGGGGGGGGGGGAGGAAUUAUCCUUAAUAAAUUGAUGGAAAGCUUCACCAGAUUUUUAAUGGCCGAAAUGUACUUUGGAAUCUUGAAAAAUGUUUGGUUUAAGCUCUGAUAACUAAUUUGGAUGCACUUUACAUUAGCAUCAAUUUGGAAAGUAUCUAUAAAGGAUUAGAAUGAAAAUGUUCAUCUUUGUUGGGUACUACUACUUAUAAGGCAAUACAUUUUAUAAACAAAAAUACACUUUGAGUUUACUGACAUAGACUUUUCAGGACCAAAACUACUUGGUUUGAUAAAUUUAUUAUUUAAAUAUUCUGAUUUGGAAAUCUAAGUUCAGAGUUUCCUAGUCAGCUCUGAGAACAGACAAAAGUGUUAAUAGUUUUUCUUAAUAUUGUUCAUUUUCAGAAUGGUUCUUGUGGUGGUCACUUUAAUCUCCAUUGAAUCCUGUCAUUGAAGAAGGAAAAUUUACAAGAUUUGUCUGUUAAAGUAGCUGCUAGAAAUUCAAAAUGACUCUUUAUACUACCACUUCAUUCAUAUUUGAAAAGGAAGAUAGUUCCCAGUGACAGAUUGGAGAGAAGGGUAUUUUAUUAUACAUGCUAAAAAAUUUAAAAAGAAAAACUUAAUAUAAGAUACCAUUUGCACACAGGCUAAUGACAAGUAUUUUAUUACAUGUGAAACACAGAAUGCGCAGUAAAAUGAGAAAACCAGCUUUAACCAACUUAAAAGAAAUCCCCAACAUGUCUACCUCAGUGAAAUAUUUCUAUGGCCAGUUUAGGGGAAAAAAGAAUCAUGCUGGCUGUAA